CCGGGCGCGGCUCUGGGGCGCCCCCGCGCGGCCGGGCAUGUGCGCGCCCCGCGGGCAUGGCCUCGGCGGUGUUUGAGGGCACGUCGCUGGUGAACAUGUUUGUGCGCGGCUGCUGGGUGAACGGCAUCCGCAGGCUCAUCAUCAACCGGCGCGGCGACGAGGAGGAGUUCUUCGAGAUCCGCACGGAGUGGUCGGACCGCAACGUGCUCUACCUGCACCGCAGCUACGCCGACCUGGGCCGCCUGCUGCGGCGCCUCGGCGACUCCUUCCCCGAGGACCGGCCGGCGCUGGCGCGCUCCCCGCUGCUGCCAGGGCUGGUUGCCAUUAAGGAUGCCCAUGACAUUGAGACAAGGCUUAAUGAGGUGGAGAAGCUUCUCAAGGCGAUCAUCAGCAUGCCGUGUAAAUACUCCAGGUCAGAAGUUGUGCUCACCUUCUUUGAAAGAUCUCCUCUGGAUCAAGUGUUAAAAAAUGAUAAUGUCCACAAAAUUCAGCCCAGCUUUCAGAGUCCAGUGAAGAUAUCAGAAAUCAUGAGGUCCAACGGCUUUUGUUUAGCAAAUACAGAGACGAUCGUCAUUGACCACAGUAUACCAAAUGGGAAGGACCAGCACCUGGAAGUGGACUCAGCGGAGCACCUGUUUGAGAAUGGCAGUGAGUUUACCUCAGAGCUGGAGGAUGGCGACGACCCGGCAGCCUAUGUCACCAACCUAUCCUAUUACCACCUGGUACCCUUCGAGACAGAUAUUCUAGAUUGAGCGCUCAUUAGAGUCUUCACCCCACCUCAGGCCUUUAUUGCUGAUCUGCUGCUGUCCCUCCACGCUGGAUGUCAAGGGCCAAAAGCGGCCCCCUGGCCUCAGGUCAGGGACAAUGCCUGUGACGUCCCAGGUGGUGGCUCUACUACUCAGAGCUGACUGGCAUCACCCAAACACAAGCCUGGCAGGGACUGGGGAUGACAGCACGGUGUCCUGUGGGAAAAUGCACGGGAUUCCUGGUUGUUGACAGCUGAUGGCAUAUACUCCAACCACAAGGAGCCCUAGUCACAGCAUGCCCAUGCCACCAGCUGCUUCGGGGGGUCUUUUCUCUCCUCAGCACCACCAGUCUGCUGUUCCUCUCCAGGGACCUGCACAUACUCAUCUGCAUCACCACAGCCAACACCCACAAGAGCAUGCCCUUGCAGGCCCGCCUCCACCGGCCGUGCCAGCUUUCUGCUUUCGUUGUUGUUCCUUCUUGAGGAGGAGCAGGGCUGGCCUGGCCACCCCUUACUCCCCACUGUUCACUCACAUGUCAAGUGCACAAAACAUUUAAAGGGAGGUUUUGAUGCCUUGCCAAGCUCUGGACAGCACAGCCAGGGAGUGUUAAGUAAUCCAGGAUUUCCCUGGGAACUGGGGUUUGUGGCUUUCAUUUUUGUUUUUCCUCUUUUGUCUGGAAACCGGGCUUUGUGUCAGCCUUAAGAUGUGUUUACAGAAGGCCAGUCACUACUGGAAGUACAUUCUAUAAGGAGGGGGAUCCUGGCGAUGGGGGUGCCCACAUCGACUUGGACUGAGAGUUAAUGACACUCUUUACAAGAAUGGGUCCAAAGAAAAGGAGUUCCUUCCAGCCUCAUAGCAUCUCCUCGUCCUUCGGUGCAGAGGAGUGGUCUGAUGUCCACCUCAGCGCUGUUCACCAGGCGUUCAGUGGAGCCGUUUUGUAAUCAGAAUGGAAGCAUAGGAAUUGAGUCCCUGUUGCCCGUGGCGAGGGGCUGGUUCUGGGCUACUCUUCUCACGGUAUCUACUAACAACCAAUGCUGACUAAUGUAAAUAAUCAUAAAUUAUUGAGAGUCCUAAUUCUUUUACACAGUCUGUUUUUUAAUCUAUUUUAAUUAAAUAAAAUAUAUUACUCUACUUACAUGUAUUUAAGGUGUGUGCCUAUAAAGGUACAGUUCUUUUUGUUCCCACCCAGGGAGGGGCUGGAAACCUCACGUGGCCUCCUGGCGUCGGCCCUGAGCAUUCUGGUCAAGUUGUAUUUUUUAGGAAAUGUGUUAAAUUCUCACCCUAGGGAAUGGUAUUUGGGUUUUCCCCCUUUCCAUGUUCCUCUUUGGCAGCCACAGGAACCCGCUUCUUUGACUAGCAGCAGAGCGUAUGGAACGUCUGCUGGUUUUGUGUUUCCUUCCUUCCAGCUGUUUUGGAGCCUUGGUGGCCAUGUGGUUAAGAGCUCAGCUGCUAACCGAAAAGUUGACAGUUUGAAUCCACCAGCUGCUCCUUGGAAACUCUAUGGGGCAGUUCUACUCUGUCCUAUAGGGGUCACUAUGAGUCGGAAUCAACUUGAUGGCAAUGGGUUUUCCAGGUAUUUAAUGGAUCCUGCUUUCAAAUAGACUGUUAGGUGGCUGACUAGAGUUGACCAGUUGUCUUUCUUUUCUUGGAGAAUAAAAUUUGCUUUUGUACCAGGAUGGAGCUUCUGGCCUAACAUUAGUAUCAAUCAACCUGUUUCAUUAAUGACCAUCCAGGUCACUUACUGCCUGGUGGCUUACCCUUCUGACCUAUGGACCACAGAGGUGCCUCUCCCCAGCGGUUCAGCCACUGUGAUGGUGUGAUGGCCACUUCUGCAGCUCAUUCACCUACUUGAACUGUAUUUCCCUGCCCCGGUGAAACCUAUGGUUGGCUCCUCAACGUCCCCCUCAGCUUUCACUCAAGAAGCCUCGCUGUUUCCUAUCAGUGCACAGUAAGGUCUGUAAAGUAUGUUUGGGUGUUUCUUUUCCUAUUAAACACAUCAGCACAUC